CUCAUUGGCAGAGUCCUCUGGUCAGAUAACUCAAUAAAGAAACAGAAACUGGGUGCGCUGUCCUUAUUCGUUCAGUGGGAUUCUCGAAAAGCAAGCAAAAUGAAAGCAGCACUGAAAGAGGACCUGAGUUUUCUGAAAAAGGUGCCGCUGUUGGCCGAAGCCACGUCCAAUGUUGACGACCCCGUGCCUGGCUACUUGUACAAAGAGAUCAGCUCCAUGACAUUGGAAAACAAUGGUCAGUAUGCUGAGCAAGUUGUGGAUUACCUUCUGGGCGCCUUACUGGAGGGACCAUCACCCACAAAAGUGAAGUGCCUGAGGGUGCUGCAGCACGUUAUCACCAAUGGUCAUGCCAGUGUACGGACUAUCCUGGCCAGGAAAGACGCUGCUCUUAGAUCAGUUGCGAAUGUAUCCGGUGGUGGCUCGGAAAACCAGUGCCUUCGCUUGCUUGCCAAGGACCUGCUCCAUGCAGUUCAUGAUGAUGGUGCUGUGAGCCACCAGAGCGCUGGACAGCUUCCCCCUGUUCAGCAAGAAACCCGGUCAUAUUCCGGUCUCGGGGCUUCAGUGGCUACAACUGGGAAAUACCAGGGAUUUGGAAAUGCGCCAGUCGGUCCAAAGACGUUGGCUGAACAAGUGACUGACGGGAUUGCGAGGGUCGUGGACAAGAUUGCAGGGAAGCCGGCUGACAAGGCUGCGAGUGACCUACUUACCGAAGGCCUGCCCAAGUUUCAGCCAGUGACAGUUCAGUCCCCGGCUUCGACAUCCGGAAAAACUACUAGCAUUCCACAGCAGGCUGUGAAAAUUACAGCAAAACCACAGAAAGCCCGUAAGAAAGGCCGUGCUGGAGGUGGCUGGGAUGAUGAUGAAGAUGAGGCUGACAAUGGCAACGUGUCAGGGACAGUAAGCGACUCAGCAAGCCUUGGCGAUUCCACCAGGACCAGUGAUCUUCCAUGUGAACCUCUUGCUGAGUUGUACGAGAAAGAGGCGCAGGCCGUGGAUGCCUUCGUUGAUCCGAGCCUAGGGUUUCCGCCUUUGCGACGAGAACUUGAUGACGCUCGUGAGAGGUGCGCCACUCUCAACAUGGACAGGGUUGCGCAGCUGCUUACUGCAAAGGUCUUUGCACCCCAAGAAAGCAUGCAGAUGGUGAGGCCCUUCUCUGUUGCAGUUACGACCAGCCCCCAUGUUCUCAAAUACUCCGUGCCUGAUGUGCUGCCUUGA